AUGAGUGCUGCAGAUAAAAUUAUACAGCUUUUGACGGAUAAAGCGUCUCAAAAGCUAUCGAAUUAUUCGCCCAACCCGGCCGUUCAUGAAGAAGAAGUCGCCACUCAUUUGUUGAGAAUUCUAGAAUCAAUCUUAACCAGUGAUUCUUACACCCAUGAAUAUGAAACUACGCUCGAUCACUCGACUCUUGACUCGGAAUUCGAUGAAUGUGAAGCGGAUUCGGAUAGUUUUUAUCAAGAUUUCGACUACGAAGAGGAAGAUACAAUGCCCAAAGUUUUCGAGAACUUUACUCUUUCUUAUGUGAAACGGGCUUUGGGAUUUUAUGAUGCUAUCAAUCCUACAACAGAAGAUAAUGUUUUAAAUACUGAUCAAUCGGGUCUGGAACUUGAGAUACAUUCUGGUCGCAUUCUCAGCUAUCACGGCGAAAAAACGACGCUUUCAACGGUUCGUUCUGAAAAUGCUACUACUCACAGUUACACUGUACAACCGAUGAUCAGCUUGAGUGGUAAAGUGAUUGGACCGGUUUUCUUAUGUCUCAAAGAACCAGAUGGGCGAAUGAGUGAUAAUAUUAAAAGUAAUCUUUUUAAAGCCGAUAAUGUCGUAGUAACGUGUAGUGCCUCAGGCAAGCUCACGACCUCGUUGGUCAAGUAUUGGCGUGACAACGUGUUCAUUACCUCAAUCGCCAAUUCAUCUCGAACCCUUCUACUCUCUGACAGUUGGCUUGGUCAAGGGGAUGGAAAGGGUAUUUAUGAGAUGAUAAAGGAUUGUAAACGAAUGGUAGUUCCACCAAAGACAACGGCUAAAAUCCAACCUCUUGAUGCUUUUUUAAUCACGAAUACAAAGUUAUUGAUCGACGUGUUUACGAUAGAGUCAUUCUCGAUGAUAUUGAUAUCCAAAUGGCUCAACGCAACAACAUCACCAGGCUCCAUUCGCUUAUUCACAAUCAAAUCUUGA